CACUCCUCCAGCCCCCCCCCACCACCACGCCUCCCAGCAUGGAUCCGGCCAAGAUCCAGUCCGAGGGGGGCCUCAACGUCACGCUCACCAUCCGCCUCCUAAUGCAUGGGAAGGAAGUGGGCAGCAUUAUUGGAAAGAAAGGAGAAACUGUGAAGAAGAUGCGUGAGGAGAGCUCAGCAAGGAUCAACAUUUCUGAGGGCAACUGCCCAGAGCGGAUAGUCACCAUCACCGGACCGACCGACGCCAUCUUCAAGGCCUUUGCCAUGAUCGCCUACAAAUUUGAAGAGCAGACAGAUGAUUGGCAGAAGGACAUCAUCAACUCGAUGAGCAACAGCCCGGCCACGAGCAAGCCGCCGGUCACCCUGCGGCUGGUGGUGCCUGCCAGCCAGUGUGGAUCCCUCAUCGGGAAGGGAGGCUCCAAGAUUAAGGAGAUGAGAGAGUCGACGGGGGCCCAGGUGCAGGUGGCCGGGGACAUGCUGCCCAGCUCCACCGAGCGCGCCGUUACCAUCUCCGGCACGCCAGAGGCCAUCAUCCAGUGCGUCAAGCAGAUCUGCGUGGUCAUCCUGGAGUCCCCCCCGAAGGGCGCCACCAUACCGUACCGCCCAAAGCCCGCCUCCACCCCGGUCAUAUUCUCCGGUGGCCAGGCCUACACAAUUCAGGGACAAUAUGCCAUACCGCAUCCAGAUCAGCUGACCAAGCUCCACCAGCUGGCUAUGCAGCAAACGCCCUUUACUCCCCUCGGACAGACCACCCCUGCUUUCCCUGGUCUGGACGCCAGCCCACCCGCCAGCACCCAUGAGCUCACCAUCCCCAAUGAUCUCAUAGGCUGCAUCAUCGGUCGGCAGGGCACCAAAAUAAACGAGAUUCGCCAGAUGUCUGGCGCGCAGAUCAAGAUCGCCAACGCCAUGGAGGGCUCCUCGGAGCGGCAGAUCACCAUCACAGGGACCCCCGCCAACAUCAGCCUCGCCCAGUACCUCAUCAACGCCAGGUUCAGGGAUGUGGCGGCCAUGUGGAACGACCCUUCUUCAAUGGCCACGUCUUGAAGUCUCCUCACAUCAUCUUCUGGUGUCCCCACACAUCCCCCCCACCCACAUCUACUUCUGGUGCCCUCACGCAUCCCUAACAUGAACCCUAACACUCCACCCUCUCAGCUCCACAACUAAAGGAGAACCAAACCCCAAGACCACGUCUACAUUGUUUUGCAUUAGAAGACUCUCUCUCUCUAGGUUAAACACAUGCUAUUGCAUGUAUAACCUCUUAUUGGCUGAUAGUUACCCUCCUAAUGAAGCGUUGAUGCGACACGCCUGUCCUCUGCUGAUUGAAACUGACCUGAAGGGGGGUUUACAGGGAGCUGGCAGCCCUGCCCCAGAAUGAAACUAACCAGAGAGCACUUUUUAAAGGGGGCUAUCCAUUUUUCCUUGUCCCCUUUCAGAUGUGUGGUUCUCUCCUGUGGAACCUCCCGUAGCCUUGCGUUGUUUUUGUUGCUUUUUCGGAGCACCUGAAGACGAGCCUCUUUUGCAUUAGCCAGAAGUAAGCCAAUGCAGACCCCCCCGACCCUCCCCUGUCCUUCUCCAUAACAAGCAGCCCCAGCCUGCCCUCCCCCUUUUGAGUUCUUAUAUCAAGUGUAUUACAUUACAUUCAAGUGUUCUGUCGCAUGCCCAAUCCAAAGGAUAUUGUUGUGUUUAUUUAUUUUCCUUAUGCUUGGUUACAUUGCCUUGCCUUUUUAAAAAGUGUGUCCAAGUCUUAAUAUAAACCCAUAAGAGGUAUUAAACAAAUGUAUGAGUGAUGUGAGGCAUCUAUCCGAGGGGGGGAGGAUUGUGUUGAUAUGACGUGAAACAGCGUAUUUCGUCACCAUGCACCUUUCUAGGUCAGUGGUUAUCACAUCGGGCAGUCGGCCCCCUCUGAGAUUCAAAACGUAUUAUUGCAAAGUAAUGGGGGGGGCGGGGGAAGAAGCACCAGCCCACAUUUAUGCAACAUUGUCAACUCAACUGGGUGUACCCUUUCAGUGCACCCAGUUGAGUUCAUCCUCUUCGUAAAUUCCUGCUUGUGUUUUUAUAGUGAGGGUUGAGCCUUGAUCACUGAGCGAGUGUUCAUGGCCUUUUUUUGUUUUUAAAAAGGACCCUUUACAUUUUUUGCCUCUCUAGUACCGUCAGUCCUUGAUAAUUCACGCACGCUUCAGAACUUUUGUUUGGUUUAAUUUAAAAUGCGAUUUUAUUAUUAUCAUCAUGAUUUUCAUGUCCACUUUAGAAUCCUUAUUUUGUACUGCAGAGACUGGAGCAACGUUAGUUUGACAUUAUUCAAAACCCUUAAAGGAUUAGAUAUUCAAAGAUUUGCCCAGAAGACCUUAAUGGACUAAUUUCACAUAACCUUUAUUAUAAAUGUCAAAAUUGUAAUAGGGCACUGAUAACCCACCUCCUCUGUAAAUUAUUCCAUGCAUUAUAUACGUUGAUUAUUAUAUUAUUAUUAUCCAUUUUCAAUAUCAAUGCUAUGUUAUUCUGACAUAGUGGUAAAUAAAACAAUUGAAACAGCAAUGAUCAACAAACGACCUGUAUGACUGCAAAUCAAUGGCAGGAAGUAGCGGGAAUCUUGUGACGUAAACUAACUGGCUGUUGGAAUGUGUCUAGAAUACGAUCGGCUCCAUUAAAGCAUCAAUAACACAGCAUCAAUAAUCAUUGCCAUCUCUUUGGAGCGGUAGGCGGCUCUGUAGCAACAGCCGUCAUAGGGCCUGCUGUCGUCGCUCUUAUCAUACAUCCAAGGGUUGUUACAUCAACCGUCACGUCAAUGCGGCUGUUGCUAGGCCGCGCCACAGAGGUCUACUGCCACACACACUAUGGGGUCUGCCCCGUGGUCCUGUGUGACUCACCGGCCGGGCUGUUACGGCCGCUUCACACAUCAUCUAUCAACGUGUUCGGGGAGAGGAAAAAAAAACAUCAGGGUCAGGUUACUUAACCUAGUAAAUGCAGGCCAUCCAACACCCAGGUUUCAUUUUGAAUAGCAGAGGUCAAUCUUUGCUAUAUAUCUAUCCCGAUGUUUCCCGCCUAUGUGAGCGCAUAUAUGCCGAUGUUAUUUACCCAAUGAAGCUGUUCUCACUCAGGAGGAAUACCUGCAAAUUACAUUAGAAAAGAUUUUGAAACCAACCGCUUCAAGGUGCCACUUUCCAGCCAUAGCUUUGUUGAGUUGCAAAUGAGCAGGCAUGUGAGAAUAGGGACCCUAGUCAAAAGACUUGCCGUAUCACUUUCUUUCAUCGCGCCAUAUGGCCUUGUUGACUUGAGCGUAAUUUAUGUUUGAACAUGCUUAUUUAUGUUUUUGGUUGUGCAGUGCUAGACUUAUUUCUUCUUAUAGUUCCCCACCAUUUAUUUUUUCUUUGGAUUCUUCAAGUUGAUCACUCAAAAUCCAAACACAGUCUGAAGACAUUGUACAGUGAACCUUUUCCAUUUAACCUGAACAUUAUUGUUUUUUGUGUCGGCCUAUUAAUUUACUAGUUUAUUUAUUGAUCUAAGAAGAGAAGGAACACUAAAAUAUUUAAUUGAAUCACACAAGGCUGCUUGAACGACCCAGACACAACUACCUGCAUCCUCGCUCUACCUUGUUGUCUUCUCCUUGACCCGUCGUGCAUAUUGUCUCUCAAACCUAGCCCUCAAAAGGAGACUGUAACUAAAGGCACGGUGAUGUGUGACUGCUGACAUAUGUGUGUCCCUGUAUGGUUACCAAAACCUACCUUUUGUUCACACACAUUUGCUUUGCUGUUAGUUGUUAUGUUUGGAGUCCAGAGGUUGAGGGGGGCUUAUGCUCAGGGACUUGAGUAGGGUACAAGUAGCGAACAGGUCGAGGAUGGAGGUUACUCGAUCAAGUUGUAGACAGUACCUGUUUUAAAGAUCUGUGUAAUACCCUCAACCAUUCAAUAUCAAUCGUGUAUUAAUCGUUAGGUUCCGUUCAUUUCUAAGGAUAACUUUUGUAUAAAAACGUUGAUUGAAAAUUGUAUAAAUCACUAGUCUAUAGGCUACAUUGCCUGUGAAACUUAAGCCAUACUAUAAAGGCAUGUUGAAUUCAAGUGAUUGAAAGAAUAAAAAAAGCUACAUUAAUCAUCGCAAUAGGGAUGUAUAAUAUCAACACAACUAAAUAUAAUUCAUAUUUCAGUGGUCUGUUUUCUAUUAACAAUUUAUUUUGCCCAUUGUAUUCAACUAUGUACGUAUAAGGUGUCAAAGUGGCAGCCACAUUUUGUACCAAACUAUAGGAAAUAUGUAGACAUGAUGUCGCUAGUAUGCCUGGCUUGUAUUCACUUCUGUCCGAUCAAUUCUGUUAUUGUUGUUUUGUUUUGAAAUCAUGGCGUCACUUGUGCUCAAAAUCAUACAACAUGCACAGUCAUAGGAAUCCAUAAAGACUGUGCUUGAGCAUGACAAAGCAGCGAGUAGCUUUACCGAUAUACUAACACAUUUGUGUUUGCCUUUAUGUUAAUUUGUUUGUUUUGUGCUUGAGCAGCAAAACUGAUGAUUAUUUUUGAGCUCAUGUACAGUGAAGCAAGCGAUUUGACCAAAUGAGUCCAAACGGGUUGAAUUUGAUCAUAUGCUGCGUACAGUUGUGUAUUAGAUUUGAAAUUUGAAGUUGACUUUGAAAUGUUUUGUAAACAGAAGAGAAUAAUAAAGUUCCGUUCCCUUCAA